CGCUCCACUCUGCGCCCUGAGCAGCAAACUCGCUGCGCUCGGAGCCGCAGCCGCCUGCGCUGCAACUUUUGCAGAGACUCCUCACUCCACAGACAUGUCGCACAAUAGCUGAAGUAAGCCUGUCACCGUGGCUCAUCCUCCGAGCCUCACAGACACACGCCGCCGGUGGGGAUUUUAAGGAAGCUCCUCUUCUUCUGCCGCCCUCCUCCUCCUCCUCCUUCCUCCUCCUCACCGUCGGAUCCCGGAGGUUUGAAGCCCGCCUGGAGAUGCAUCAGGAGCGUUUUGUCCACUAAUGAACGGGGCCAGUAAUGCAGGAGACCGCGGCGACCCUCUCAUCAUCAUCACCAGUGUUUCAAGAUGGCAGGGUUUUACUGAGUUUUAAACACAAAGCUCGCUUUAUUUGUUUGCCAUGAAUAACAGAAACCCUUGCACCGAUGGCCCCUGUAUACGAAGGUAUGGCCUCGCAAGUGCAAGUGUUCUCCCCUCACACUCUCCAGUCAAGUGCCUUCUUUAGCGUAAAGAAACUCAAGGUGGAGCAGAGUUGUAACUGGGAUAUGACAGGGUACGGCACGCACAGCAAAGUCUACAGCCACAACAGCAGCAAGAACGUAUCGACCACCAGUGGUGCCCUUGGCAUCAACAGCUCCCUGCAGGUUGCCAGCUCCACCCUGCCCUACGAGCAGGCUCUCUUCUUCCCAGCCAGCGCUGGCCACAUUGUGGUGGCCUCAGCCAGCAGCACUUCAGGGGCCAUCGGCUCUCUGUUGGGCAGCAGCGGUGGAGGCAACAGCAGCAGCAACAGCAGUGGUGGUGGAAGUGGAAGUGGCUUGGGCAGCGGAGUUGGUGUUCACAACUUGACACGCCGCAGCACGGUGAGUCUACUAGACACUUACCAGCGAUGCGGACUAAAACGCAAGAGUGAAGAGCUUGACAAUAACAGCAGCGUGCAGAUCAUCGAGGAACAAGGCCCACGAAUGAUUCAGAACGGAGGAACUAGCGGAGCCACAGUGGCUACAGUGGCCACUGCCACUUCCACUGCAACCUCCAAAAACAGUGGCUCCAAUAAUGAGGGAGACUACCAGCUGGUUCAGCACGAGGUGCUCUGCUCCAUGACCAAUACUUACGAAGUAUUAGAGUUCUUGGGAAGAGGAACUUUUGGACAGGUGGUUAAGUGCUGGAAGAGGGGAACAAAUGAGAUAGUGGCCAUUAAAAUCUUAAAGAACCACCCUUCUUAUGCACGGCAGGGCCAGAUUGAGGUCAGUAUCCUGGCACGUCUCAGCACGGAGAGCGCAGAUGACUACAACUUUGUGAGGGCCUACGAGUGCUUCCAGCACAAAAACCAUACGUGCCUGGUAUUUGAGAUGUUGGAACAGAACUUGUACGACUUCCUCAAACAGAACAAGUUCAGUCCUUUGCCUCUCAAGUACAUCAGACCCGUGCUUCAGCAGGUAGCCACAGCACUUAUGAAACUGAAGAGCCUUGGGUUGAUCCAUGCGGACCUGAAGCCAGAGAACAUCAUGCUCGUGGAUCCAUCUCGACAGCCCUACAGGGUUAAAGUCAUUGACUUUGGUUCAGCCAGCCAUGUUUCCAAAGCAGUCUGCUCCACUUACCUUCAGUCCAGAUACUACAGGGCUCCAGAGAUCAUCCUUGGCCUGCCGUUCUGUGAGGCCAUCGACAUGUGGUCGCUGGGUUGUGUAAUAGCUGAGCUCUUCCUGGGAUGGCCUCUUUACCCCGGAGCUUCAGAGUACGACCAGAUCCGAUACAUCUCCCAGACGCAGGGUCUUCCGGCAGAGUAUCUCUUGAGUGCAGGGACAAAGACAACCAGGUUCUUCAACAGAGAUCCAGACUCCACUUAUCCUCUCUGGAGACUAAAGACUCCGGAGGACCACGAGGGGGAAACAGGAAUCAAAUCCAAGGAGGCUCGCAAGUACAUCUUCAACUGCUUGGAUGACAUGGCCCAGGUGAACAUGACAUCAGAUUUAGAAGGGAGCGACUUGCUGGCAGAGAAAGCUGACAGGAGAGAGUUCAUCGACCUGCUGACCAAGAUGCUGACCAUCGACGCAGACAAGAGAAUCACCCCCAUUGAAACGCUCAACCACCCAUUUGUUACCAUGUCGCAUCUCCUCGAUUUCCCACACAGCACACACGUAAAGUCAUGCUUCCAAAACAUGGAGAUCUGCAAGCGUCGUGUCAACAUGUACGACACAGUCAACCAGAGCAAAACGCCCUUUAUCACCCACGUGGCCCCUAGCACCUCGACCAACCUCACCAUGACCUUCAACAACCAGCUGAACACUGUGCACAGCCAGGCCACCAACCUGGCUCCCUCCUCCACCAACAAUGCCACCCUUUCCUUUGCAAGUCCUGAUGUCUCCAUACUAAACUACCAAUCUGCACUCUACCAGCCCUCUGCUGCCUCCAUGGCGGCUGUGGCCCAGAGGAGCAUGCCCCUGCAGCCGGGGGCUCCACAGCUCUGUGCUGCCCGGCCCGACCCCUUCCAGCAGGCGCUCAUAGUCUGCCCACCAGGUUUCCAAGGGCUGCAGGCAUCACCUUCCAAGCACACCAGUUACUCUGUGCGGAUGGAGAAUGCUGUUCCCAUAGUGACGCAGGCACCUGGUGCCCAGCCUCUGCAGAUCCAGCCUAGCCUCCUCACACAGCAGGCCUGGCCCAGCGGCACCCAGCAGAUCCUUCUGCCUCCAGCAUGGCAGCAGCUCACCCAUACCUCAGUCCAACACGCCACCGUCAUCCCAGACUCCAUGAGCAGCACUCAGACUCUCGCCAACUGGAGGAAUUCCCACCCUCAUGGAAGCCACUAUAAUCCCAUUAUGCAGCAACCAGCCUUGCUGACUGGUCAUGUCACUCUCCCACCCAACCAAACUCUCAAUGUGGGAGUGGCGCAUGUCAUGAGGCAGCCCACAACCAAUAACAACUCAUCUUCCAAAAAGAGCAAACAGCACCAAAUGUCCUCCAGGAACGUGUCAGCCUACGAGGUGUCGUCCUCUCAGGUGGUGCUGUCGCCGCAGCGCUCCAAGCGGGUGAAAGAGAACACGCCUCCUCGUUGUGCUGUGCUGCAAAACAGCUCAGCCUCCAACUGCCCGCCCGCACUAGGAUGCGCUGGUGGAGGCGGGUGGGGGACUAAUGAAGCAGAGCAGGCUUCCAGCACCACUCGUGACCAUCAGCACCAGCACCACGUCCCCAGACAGACCAUCAUCAUCCCUGACACACCCAGCCCUGCGGUCAGCAUCAUUACCAUCAGCAGCGACACGGACGAGGAAGACGAACAGAAACAAAAUAACAGCUCGUCUUCUAAACAGAGAAAGAAUGUCAUCAGCUGUGUGACGGUCCAUGAUUCACCGGAGUCUGACUGUUCGAGCAACACCAGUCCCUACACUUUGCAGUCAAGACGCCACCACCAUCACCACCACCACCACAACAACAACAACAGCUACGACACAAAAACUACCAUCCUAGAUAACUACAAUAAUGGGAACCCACGCACCAUCAUCAUCCCCCCUCUUAAAAUGCAGAACAGUGAGGUCUUGAAUGAAUGUGAGCACCUGAUGUCAGCAGAUGGAAUGAAUCAUCAGAAUUCAUCUUACAAGUUGAAAUCCUCCAAUGGAUCUGGCAAUAAUCACAUACUGGGAGGCGUAACUGGAGGUGUUUCCUACCGGCAGCAGCGCUCAGGGCCACACCCACUUCAGCAGCAGCCUCUCAAUCUCAGCCAGGCACAGCAGCACAUGGUGGCUGAGCGGAACGCAGGACAUCGGCGACAACAGGCCUACAUCACCCCGAACAUUGCUACCCAAGCCCAGUACUCCUUCCAUCACAACAGUCCAUCUCACGCAGGCAAUGUUCACCCACAUCUGGCUGCCACACACCUGCCCAGCCAGCCACACCUCUACACCUACACAGCCCCCACUGCUUUGGGCUCCACCAGCACCGUGGCCCAUCUGGUGGCAUCACAGGGGCCGGGGCGCCACGCAGUCCAGCAUGGGACCUACCCCCCGAGCAUCGUGCACCAGGUUCCGGUCAGCAUGAGCCACCGCGUGCUGCCCUCGCCCACCUUGCAUCACAGCCAGUACCAGGCCCAGUUUGCUCACCAGGCCUACAUCAGCGCUUCACCUGCCUCCACCGUCUACACUGGAUACCCGCUGAGCCCCACCAAGGUUAACCAGUAUCCUUACCUCUAGAGCAGACACUGACACUGGAGAGCCUGACACAGAGCUGCUGCUUCCUUUCAGCGCCCCCAUCCCCCAAUCCCACACAGAAUUCCCAUCUACACCCUUAACGUCCUCUCCUCGACCUCAGACAUAAACAGAGACAGAGGAACAUGCAAUCCUCAUGGAACUGUCAUGUAUAACUUGAAGAAAAAACAGAAAGACAAAGAAAAGUACGAUUCAUAGCUUCUUUUGAAGGGAAAGAUGGCUUUUGAAUUUUAGAGGGGUACAGUUCAAAUUUUACUUUUUUUUUUUCUCUUCUUUAGGAAGGGCCAGAUUUUGCUUUUGUUUGCCCACGUUUUGCUUUACUUACGAAAAGAAUUCUGGCUCGUUAGUUUUACGAGGAA